UUCAGUCCUGUAGUCUCCUGGUCUCGCUGGGCCACACUGGAGGUUUCCCCUACCUCCUGCCACGCACGCGAGGUGGAUUCAGUAGCCCUCGGGCCCUGAAGCCCCUUUUUACACUCACAGGUCUACGAAUUUGUGGUGUUCCAUUCGUAAAGAAACGACAGUAUUUACUCUAAGUGGUUAAGCAUCCGCUGACCCCACUGCAACAACUCGAGAAGAUAAAAGGCUCACCUACAUAGUUUUAACCUAAGAUAAGAUAAAGAUAUCUGUAGUGGUAUUCCUGUCUAAUAUCCCGCCUGUCAUAAGGACUUCUUACACUUCAGAUACCAGUGAUACACUGGUAUUUACAGCAAACUCUGUUCUUGGUAUUCGUUAUAAUACCACUCUUCUAUAGCUCUUGUUAAUUCUUCCGCAGAAUAUAGUGAAGUGUGCAUGUGUGUGUGUCUGCCUUCAAGAAUGUCCCAUCUUGUGGAUGUGAGUGAAAUGGUUUUCGCAGUUAUAAGGGAUUAUUUAAUCAGUGAUAUAAUAUAGCUGUAAUUUAACUGUGGUAAGAAUACGUAGAAGAGAUGCGAGUCACUGGAGAGACAAGAAUAUAAAAAAUAAAUAUAAAGAAUAGUGAAAAUGGAGCUUCUGGAGACGUUUGAGAGUGUGUUAUCCGGUGUUAUGGCCAACUUCUCUCUGAUGGCCGACCUCAACUCCACGUCUAUCCUCUAUCCAUACGCUCAUAACACAUCUCUUUUAAACAUCGAAGACGACUAUCCGUACUAUCCGGGGGAGCAUAACGACUCAUAUAUCAGCGUGGAGCCUCACCGGAAUCCAUCAGAAGUUUUAAUCACUUCAACUUCCUCCCCGAACUUUGCGUCUUACAAGAGGUUCAUGGAUGAGUCUCGCCACUGGGUCCAACGAGUGCUGGUGCCCAUGGUGAUGUGUGUGGGCGUGGUGGGUAACUCGGUCUCCAUGGUGGUGCUCACCAGGCGGAAGAUGAGGUCCUCGACCAACAGUUACCUGACGGCGCUGGCUAUCUCCGACCUGUUGUAUCUGGUGUUCGUCUUCUCUCUCUCCCUCCAGCAUCACCCUGACAUCAAACACCCGAGACACUGGCUCUACUGGCAGUACUUCCGCUUUGGUCUUUGGCUCACCGAUGCUUCCAGUGAGUAGUCGAAGUCUAGUUCACUAAUACUUUCAUUCACUAAUACUUCCAGUAUUCGAAGUGCCUUUGUAGCAGGUCUAGGACACUCAUACUUCCAGUAACUGAAAUGCCCUUGCACCAGGUG